AUGUCUUUUGUAUUGCAACCCCGUGUUUUCAUUUACUCGAGGCCUUCGACCAUUGAAAAUGACCAAGAUGUUCUAACCUUUAUUGGAGAUGUUAAAGGAUAUAAUGUCAUUGAUGUUUAUGUUGAACACCUAAUUGAAAUACCUGAUUAUGUUGAACUUGAUGAAGUAAAUGUGCAAUUUGAUAAAGUAAAUAUGGAUAAUGUGCAAGCUACUAAUCUGGUUAAUGUUCAAGUUGAUAAAGUAAAUGUGGAGGAUGUGCAGGCUACUGAAGUGAAUGUGGAGGUUGUGCAGGCUAAUGAAGUGAAUAUGGAGGAUGUGCAAGCUGGUGAAGUUAAUGUGGAGGAAGAUGAAAGUGAAACAAAUCCUGAUUAUGAGGCUAGUGAGGAGAAUGAGGAUGAAUGUGAUACUGAUUUAGGUCCUGAUGUUAAUGUAGCUUGGACAACAAUGUUGGCCAAAGAUCAAACUCAACAGUGUUCAAGUUAUAAUGUUAUUUCUGAUAAUGAGAGUUUUGAUUUAGAUGAGCUUCAGACACCACCAGAAAGUGAUAUUGAAGAUGAGAUGGAGGAGGUUUCCAAUUUUUAA